AUGGCCUCUAUGGAAAUAGGUGCAGCAGAGAGAACAACCAAAGACCCAGAACAGGAACCUAUAGACGACGAUGAACAGUCUCCGGUGGAAGAAGUCCGGUUAACCGUCUCAAACGACGACGAUCCUUCACUCCCGGUAUGGACCUUUCGAAUGUGGUUUCUGGGCAUAUUAUCAUGCGUUCUCCUCUCAUUUCUCAACACCUUUUUCUCUUACCGGACGGAGCCACUGAUAAUAACGAUGAUAUCAGUGCAAGUCGCCACACUUCCGGUCGGCCGGUUCAUGGCGAAAGUUCUACCGGAGACGAAGUUUCGGGUUCCGGGUCUUGGAUCGAGGGAGUAUUCGUUGAAUCCGGGACCGUUUAAUAUGAAAGAGCAUGUGUUGAUCUCUAUAUUUGCUAAUGCUGGUUCUGCAUUUGGUAGUGGAUCUGCUUAUGCUGUUGGUAUUGUUGAUAUCAUUAAGGCUUUCUAUCAUAGGAACAUCUCUUUCUUGGCUAGUUGGAUUCUUGUUAUCACCACCCAGGUUCUGGGAUAUGGUUGGGCUGGGAUUCUAAGGAAGUAUGUGGUGGAGCCGGCAGAAAUGUGGUGGCCGAGUAGUCUUGUUCAAGUCUCCCUUUUCAGGGCACUUCAUGAGAAAGACGACCAGCGCAUGUCGCGAGGUAAAUUCUUUCUAAUCGCACUACUAUGCGCCUUCUCGUGGUACAUAUUCCCCGGCUACCUCUUCCCCACCUUGUCAAACAUCUCUUUGCUCUGCUGGGCAUUUCCGAGAUCAGUAACUGCUCAACAACUCGGAUCGGGCAUGCGUGGCCUCGGCCUUGCCUCUCUGACCCUUGAUUGGUCUGUCAUAGCCUCAUUCCUCAGCAGCCCUCUUGUUACCCCAUUCUUUGCAAUCUUCAAUGUGUUUGUGGGCUAUGCUUUAGUAGUCUAUCUUCUAAUUCCCAUAGCCUAUUGGGGACUGGACCUGUACAGUGCCAAAAAUUUUCCCAUAUUCUCGUCACAUUUGUUCACUGCCCAGGGGCAGACGUAUAAUGUAUCGGCUAUUGUCAAUGAGAAGUUUGAGAUAGACAUGCCGGCAUAUGAGAAGCAGGGACAUAUAAAUCUCAGCAUCUUCUUUGCUCUUUCCUAUGGUGCCAAUUUUGCUGCUAUUGUGGCUACCCUCGCACACGUGGCCUUGUUUAAUGGAAGGGAGAUAUAUGACCGUUUUCAAGCUUCUUACAAUGGGAAGAUAGAUAUUCACACAAGACUGAUGAGGAAAUACCAGGACAUACCUAACUGGUGGUUUUACCUAAUGCUUUUGCUGUCAAUGGUACUCUCUCUUGUACUCUGCAUCUUCAUGAAAGAUCAGGUGCAACUACCUUGGUGGGGACUCCUCUUUGCGGCCGGCCUUGCAUUGAUCUUUACCCUUCCAGUGAGCAUCAUAACUGCCACAACAAAUCAGACACCAGGACUAAAUGUCAUCACAGAGUACAUCUUGGGUAUCAUAUAUCCAGGGAGACCAAUAGCCAAUGUCUGCUUCAAAACAUAUGGUUAUAUAAGCAUGAGCCAGGCAGUCUCUUUUCUCAAUGAUUUUAAGCUAGGUCACUACAUGAAGAUUCCACCAAGAUCUAUGUUCAUAAUUCAGUUCCUUGGAACCAUCAUUGCUGGAACAAUCAACAUUGCUACGGCAUGGUGGCUGCUGACAACAGUUGAAAACAUAUGCCAAGAUCAACUACUCCCCCUCAAUAGCCCUUGGACCUGCCCCGGUGACCGCGUCUUCUUCGAUGCAUCUGUCAUCUGGGGUUUAGUAGGACCCAAACGGAUCUUCGGUUCUCUUGGAAAUUAUGCAGCCCUUAACUGGUGCUUCCUAGGAGGUGCCAUAGGACCUCUUGUAGUAUGGCUACUACACAAAGCAUUCCCUAGCCAAACAUGGAUUAAGCUGAUAAACCUUCCGGUCCUGCUCGGUGCAACGGCUGCAAUGCCUCCGGCUACAACGUUGAACUUCAAUAGCUGGAUCUUUAUCGGAACAAUCUUCAACUUCUUUAUUUUUCGGUAUAGAAAGAAGUGGUGGCAGAGGUACAAUUAUGUGCUUUCAGCUGCAAUGGAUGCUGGUUUGGCUUUCAUGGGGGUGCUUCUGUACUUCUCUCUGGGUAUGGAAAACAUAAGCAUUACUUGGUGGGGAGCUGAGGGUGAGCACUGUGCCUUGGCCACAUGUCCAACUGCCAAAGAUAUAGCUAUUGAUGGUUGUCCAUUACAUUGA